UCCGGCGCGUACGAUAAUUUUACGCCCCUGUGUCGAUCAGACGAACUAAAAUCUCUGGGAUCACUGAACGUUGAGCAUUAUGCCGCAUAAAACGCUUUAGUGCUGUAAUUGGAAAACCACAAAAGUGUCAGUAAGCUGAAAGAAGUUUUAACGAUAAGACCCUACAGAUAUUUUAAGGUUAAAAAAUUAGUUUGUAUUGAGAUCAACUUGUGUAGUGACCACGGAGGAUAGAUACCAGGAGUCCGAACGUAAAUUUUUUCCUAAAUUCUCACUUGCCUUUCGGCCACUAAGGCAACCAUAAACGGCACAACACUUUCCCAUUUUUUAAUAAAAAUAAUUCUAAAAAAAUAAAUUAAUAUUUUAUAUUUAAUUUACGUGUAAUAAUAAUAGUAUCGGUAUGCUUUGAAUAUUUGCGCAGCCAGUGGCAAAAAAGAGAACUAUGAUCUGGGUCAAGAAAUGACUACGACAAAAAAUGUGAAAAAUCUUAUAUCGUUUGUACUCCUGGUAUCUAUCCUCCGUGGUACUGACAUUCAAAAUAAUUCUUAAGAUUUUUGAAGAUUAUUUACGUAAAUACACAAUAGUAUCCUUUAUAUAAAUUUGUAUGAGAGAAAAUUAAAAUUUAUCUCAUUAAGUAUAACUUACAAGAAAAUUAUCGAAAAAUAAAAAUGCGAAACGUUGAAAUCAAAACAAAGAUCAAUGAUUCUAAAACUUUUAUUGAGAAACUUGAAAAAAUUACAGAUACUGAAAUGAUUGUAAUUAAGCAACUAGAUACUUUCUUUGAAUCGAAAACAGGCAGAUUAAAAUUACGUCGUUUUGAAGAUGCAACUGGUGAAUUAAUUUACUAUGAAAGACCUGAUACUACAGGUCCUAAACUUAGUGAUUAUAAAAAAAUAGAUUUAAAUGCAAAAACAUAUGAAGAUAUGAAUAAAAUAUUGUCUGUUACCAAUGGUAUCAUAGGAACUGUCAAAAAAACGAGACGAUUAUAUACAAUUGAUCAAACUAGGAUACAUGUUGAUGAUGUACAUGAUUUAGGUAGUUUUUUGGAAUUAGAAGUUAUCUUAAAAGAUAAUCAAGAUGUUGAUUAUGGAACAAAAGUUGCCGAAAAUAUAAUGAAAAACUUAAAUAUUGAUGCAACAAAUUUGAUUUCCAUAGCAUAUAUAGAUUUACUUAAUAAGACUAAGAACUCUGAAUAAUAUACAAAUUUAUACUUUAUUCAAUAAUGGGAAAAUUUUGUUCUAAAAGAUAUCAAUUUUAUAUU